CGAAAGCAAGUGAAAGCUGUUUGGGGUGGCUGUUCAACAGGGGCUCUGACUGGGACCCAGACCCACCACCUAGACACGACUGCCAGGACUCCUCAGCGCCCAGCAGGAUCAGGGAGCUCAGCCACAGAUCACCUCACCCUUUCACCACCGGGGUGUCCUGCCUUACAAGGUCAGGCCUAAUGAGCAGACAGUGGGCCCAGAAAGAACCCCAACAGAUCGGCUGGAAGAGGCCUUAGAGGUCAUCUGGGAAACCAGACAGGGAGCUGGGUUUCCUGUUGCUUUGUGCAUCCUGUUGCCGUCGGAUGUUGUCUUGUCAGGCCCUCCCUCCAAGGGCCUGCAUUUCCUGACCUUGCCGAAUUUGGACACCACCACAGGUCAGUGGCCACGCCAGACCUGGGUGCAGCACAGAAUGCCGGCAGCCACCUCUCUGGCAUCCCUCUUCUAGGCUGGACGCUGCGUGGGGUUUAUCUGGAUUCCUAUAUUUUAUCUGGCAACCCUACUGGCGUGAGGCCAAAGACUCACCUUUGUUGUUAAAACUUCAGCAUCUUACUUACCGAAACCGGCAAACAAAACAAAACCGAACAAAACGCCGGUGGAAAAAAAUCCCCUCCCGCCUUAUCACUCUGGAUUCCAUUUUUUUCUUGGUUUUGAUUUCCUCUCAGUUUUUGACGCUUGGAGAUUUCUUUUACUUUCAAAGGGAAGUCUCAGGAUUGGUCUUUUUGAAAACAAAAGACCCAAAACCUUGCAGGCCCCUUCUGCUCCUUGAAUUCCCACAUAUCUCUCCUAAAGCAAAGCAACCAGUACAGACCUAGUGACCCAGUGGGAUGGAGCCAGGGCAAAAUACAGGGGAACAAAACACAAAUUUUUUUCAAAAGUUGAAAGGUCUAAAUCGCUAUGGCAACGCAAGACCCAUCCACACAGGUAAAGGGUGUGGCUAGAGCCGGUGAUUGUGUGAAGUCGUUAUUGUGCUAAUUGAAAAAGACUCAUUUCUUCCCCUCAUUGUACUACAGCAAAGGCUUCUUGGCAAGCCCGGCAGGAGCCAAGGGACCCACCUCAUGGAGAGACGCUGGGUGAUGGAGGCGGCCAAUGGCUGCAAGGAUGGCUUGGAUUUCAACCCCAUGAAAGAGUACAUGGUCCUGAACGCUUCCCAGAGGAUCGCUAUUGCGGUGCUGUGCACCUCCCUGGCCCUGCUAAGCGCCCUGGAGAACCUGGCCGUGCUCUACCUGAUCCUGUCCUCCCACCGGCUCCGCAGGAAGCCUUCGUAUCUGUUCAUUAGCAGCUUGGCUGUGGCUGACUUCCUGGCCAGCGUGAUCUUUGCUUGCAACUUUGUCAAUUUCCACGUCUUCCACGGCGUGGACUCUCAGGCUGUCUUCCUGCUGAAGAUUGGCAGCGUGACGAUUACCUUCACAGCCUCUGUAGGCAGCCUACUGCUGACCGCCAUUGACCGCUACCUCUGUCUGUGCUACCCACCCACAUACAAAGCCCUACUCACCCGUGGGAGGGCGCUGGCAACCCUGGGCAUCAUGUGGGUCCUCUCAGCAUUGGUCUCCUACCUGCCCCUUAUGGGAUGGACCUGCUGUCCCAGUCCCUGCUCUGAGCUUUUCCCCCUGAUUCCCAAUAACUAUCUGCUGGGCUGGCUCCUGUUCAUUGCCUUCCUCUUCUUUGGCAUCAUCUACACUUACGGGCACGUCCUCUGGAAGGCCCAUCAGCAUGUAGCCAGCUUGGCUGAACACCAGGACAGGCAGGUGCCAGGAAUGGCACGGAUGAGGCUGGAUGUGAGGUUGGCCAAGACCCUGGGGGUGGUGCUGGCCGUGCUUUUCAUCUGCUGGUUCCCGGUGCUGGCCCUCAUGGUCUACAGCCUGACCGCCACCCUAAGCGACCAGGUCAAGAAGGUCUUCGCCUUCUGCUCUUUGCUCUGCCUUGUCAACUCCAUGGUCAACCCCAUUAUCUAUGCCCUGAGGAGUGGGGAGAUCCGCUCCUCUGCCCACCGCUGCCUGGCCCACUGGAGGAAGCAUCUGAGGAGACGUGGGCUUGAAGGAAGCAAAGAAGUCCCGAGGUCCUCAGUUACUGAGACAGAGGCUGAUGUGAAAAUCACCCCGUGGCCGGAUUCCAGAGGACUAUACUGCUCUGAUCGCUGAUGAGGCCUCUCACAGUUCAACAAGCUGAGCCAAUCAUUUCACUCCCUGGAGGAGAGAGAGCGACCUUGACCCUAUUGUCUUACUUGAGCCAGCCCCAGGGGCCUGGACACUUACCCCUUUUCACUGAUGACUGAUGGCACCCACCCUUGGCAGGUAGCCUGGCCACGCCUAUUUGCACACAGACUGUUGGAGAGCUAGGCCCUGUGAGGAGUGGCAACGUGGGCAAGAGGCCUGGGCAGGCUCAGUGCUCGUCAGGUUAGGAGAACCUCCCCAACAAGAUGGCUUAGUGCUUGCGUCCUCCAGAGACCACAGAGACCGCAGCCAGAUGGAGCCUUCAGGCUCAGCAACAAGGGACUUGGAGGACAUUUGGGAAGAAGAAUGGAUUCUUUUCCUGGGAUCUCAAAGUAUCGGAUGGGAUGGCUGGCCAACCCUGUCCUUGCUUAAUUGUCAGGGCCUCCUUGGCUCUAAGGCUAUGAAAGACCCCACUUUCUGGUCAUCCUUUCCUACUGAGGACGAAAAACUUUGAUAUGAUGAGGCUCAAGGGGGUUGAUCCACCUCUUUCGUAGGUAAUUGACAAGCCUCCAGCUCAGGGAAUCUUGCCUUUAGUGCAAUGGCCCCACUUGACAUCCUGAGAAUCUCCACUCACAGCCACUGUGACCUAGGUCCCGGGGAUACAGGGGAGGCUGGCACUGUGCAAGACACAGAAUUUUCAGAGCAUUUUAUUGAUCCUGUGAAGUCCUAUUUGAUGGUUUGGUUCCCCUGGAAGCAAGCAGUGCCCCAAUCUAAUACAGCUCCAAGAAAAAGAAAGACAUUCACUAGGAUUUCAUAAACUCCCAAAUUGUUCUCCGCUGUCCCUCAAUUCAGCCCCUUUGUCUCUUCCACACCCCUACAGCAAAAAAUAAACAGGGCAAGUGAGAGGAGGGGGAAAUUCCCUUCCUAUGUGCCAGGCAUGGGACUGACAUCCCACAGUCUGUUAUCGCCAGCAAGAACACAGCCCCAUGCUUCCAAACAUUCCAGGACACCCAUAUUUUACAAAUCAGGAAAGCUGCGUUCCUACCAAAGAAGCUUAAAACAGGCAAGAGAAAUUGUUGUUGGUAGGGAAGAUUACAGAGACAUUCUAAUGCAGUUAUGUGGGACCACAGACAGAGUAAAAGGAAAGAUAUUGUUUAAA